CGCUGAGCCUUGCGAGCCUCAGCCACCGCCGCCCGCUCAGGGAGCAUCGGCCAUCGCGCACCUCUAUCUGCUCAGAGAACACCCACCACUGCGCACCUCCACCUGUUCACAGAUCGUCCGCUACUGCUCACCUCCAGCCGCUCAAAGAGCACCGGUCCUGUUCACCACCCCGCCCAGCGAUGCCUGAGGUCCCCGCUGCCUGCAUCUGGCCGCUCUUGCUCCUCCUGGCCGUCCAGGCUGGCGUGGCAGCCGGCGCUCCCCAGCUGUGGCACUGUGCGCCUUGCUCCGCUGAGAAGCUGGGGCUCUGCCCACCAGUGCCUGCUUCGUGCCCAGAGGCCGCCCCCCCGGCGGGCUGCGGCUGCUGCCCGACGUGCGCCCUGCCUCUGGGCUCAGCGUGUGGCGUGGCCACUGCGCGUUGCGCUCGAGGACUCAGCUGCCGCGCGCUGCCAGGGGAGCCGCGCCCCCUGCAUGCACUCACCCGUGGCCAGGGCGCCUGCGUACCAGAGCCCGACACACCUGCUGGGGUAGCGCCCAGCGCUGAGGCUGCAGAGGCGAAGGUCCCUGCCACCACGGAGAAUGUGCCCCCGGAGAGUGCAGAGAUGACGGAGGAGCAGCUCCUGGAGAAUUUCCACCUCAUGGCUCCCUCUGGUGAGGACCGUCCCAUCCUCUGGAAUGCCAUCAGCACCUACGAGAGCAUGCGGGCUCGCCAGGUCUCCGAUACCAAGAAGUGGAAGGAGCCCUGCCAACGGGAACUCUACAGAGUGCUGGAGAGGCUUGCCACCGCACAGCAGAAGGCUGGAGAGGACAUCUACAAGUUUUAUCUGCCAAACUGCAACAAGAAUGGAUUUUAUCACAGCAAACAGUGUGAGACAUCCCUGGACGGAGAGGCAGGCCUCUGUUGGUGCGUCUAUCCUUGGAGUGGGAAGAGGAUCCCAGGGUCUCCGGAGAUCAGAGGGGACCCCAACUGCCACCAGUAUUUUAACUUACAAAACUGAAAACACACACACACAAUAUUUAAGUAUAUAGCGUAUUUAUACUCUGGAGCACACAUACAUUUAUAUAUUCGUAUAUGUAUAUAUGCAGGGACUACUUUUUAUAUGCCAUGUAUGACUUGAUAUAUGAAGCUGCUAGUUUAUUUAUUCACUGUAAUUUUAUUUGUUUUCUACACAUGUGCUGUAUUAAUUUAUGUAUCAUGAAACACUUCUUAUCACAUUGUGUAUAAAUACUUGUAUUUCAGCCCUUAACACCUCAUGCUUCUACUUUUAAAGAGCACGGGGAAAUAUUGCCUAGAAAAUGCAAAAUCAAAACAAGAGGCAAGGGUUUUGUCGAGUGAUUUCAAGGAGGCCAGUUAACUGGCAUUCGAGAAUGAUUCACUGUGUAUACCAGGAUGCAUGCUGAACGUCAGUUUUCAAGGAGAGUUAGACUGUUAUGCAAUCACACGCUCCCGCUGCUGAUGUUAACAAGUGCAUUGGAUACACUGUUCCACCCCUGUACAUAAGAAACAGAUCUGGAAUAAACAUGCCAAAUGGAAAUGUGA